AUCCUGGGCUCAGGUAAGAGGGCCCCGGUGGGGAGGCGGCACACCCAGAGGGGACGCCGAGGGAGCAGGACGGAGCCAUGGUCUCCGCCAGGAAAGCAGGUGCCCUGGUGGCAAUCUGGACCACAGGCUGGCUCCUGUUGUUCCCGCUGCUGCUUCGUGAAGGAGCGCAAGCCCUGGAGUGCUACAGCUGCGUGCAGAAAGCAGACGAUGGAUGCUCAGCACGGAAGAUGAAGACCGUGAAGUGCGCGCCGGGCGUGGACGUCUGCACGGAGGCCGUGGGGGCGGUGGAGACCAUCCACGGGCAAUUCUCAGUGGCAGUGCGAGGCUGCGGCUCAGGACUCCCCGGCAAGAAUGACCGUGGACUGGACCUCCACGGCCUCCUGGCCUUCAUCCAGCUGCAGCAGUGCGCCCAGGACCGCUGCAACGCCAAGCUCAACCUCACCUCGCGAGGGCUCAACCCCACAGGCAACGAGAGCGCGUACCAGCCCAACGGCGCCGAGUGCUACAGCUGCGUGGGGCUGAGCCAUGAGAAGUGUCAGGGUACAGUGUCGCCCGUCGUGAGCUGCUACAACGCCAACAACCGCGUCUACAAGGGCUGCUUCGACGGCAACGUCACCUUGACCGCAGCUAAUGUGACCGUGUCCUUGCCUGUCCGGGGCUGUGUCCAGGAUGAGUUGUGCACCCGAGAUGGGGUGACGGGCCCCGGGUUCACACUCAGCGGCUCCUGCUGCCAGGGAUCCCGUUGUAACUCAGACCUCCGCAACAAGACCUAUUUCUCUCCACGAAUCCCACCCCUUGUGCUCCUGCCCCCUCCAACCACCCCAGCUCCAUCCACACCAGCUCCAACCACCUCUGUCAUCGCUUCCACCCUGGCCCCAACUACUCUCACCUCUACCACCAAACCCACCCCAACCCCAGCCAGCCAGACUCUCCCCCAUGAAGUGCAACCCGAUACCUCCCAGAAAGAAGAGUCAAGGUUGGUUGGAGGUUCGGCGGGCCACCAGGACCGCAGUAAUGUGGGGCAGUACCCUGCGAAAGGUUGGACCACAAGACCCUCAAGCAAAGGCCCUGCAGCUCCUGGGGCCGGGUUGGCAGCUCUUUUGCUGGCCGUGGCUGGUGGUGCCCUCCUGUGAGCUUUUCCACCAGAAAACUUCCCUCUCACCCUACUCCCUGGCCCUGGGUACCAACUCUUCCCGUUACUUCCGUUUCUCACAACUGGACUGGGCUGGCCCAGCCCCUCUUCUUCUGAUGUCCCCAGUAUUCUCCAGCUUCUGCUGCACUGGUUUGCGGCUUUGGGAAAUGAAAAGUACUGUUUUUGUUUUUUGUUUUUUUGGUACCGGGGAUCGAACUCGGGUCCUUUCGCUUGCGCAGCAGGCAGCGAAACCACUGAGCUAAAUCCCCAGCAAAAAUUACUGUUGUAUAUAUACUGCCAGGGUGUUCUAGCUUCUUGAGAUAGCAGCUGUACCCCUCUCAUGGUGCCCAGGACAGAGUGAGAGAAGUCCACUGUCCCAGGGAAGGUGGAAAGGGUGACCAGGAGCUUCCCAUUCACCUCCCCGUGGCCGGUGGGAAUGUGGGAGGUGAGGCAGCAAUGGCUCCUGCGUCUCCGCGGGAAUCUUGUUCUCUUCUGCCUUGUUAUUAGACUGUGAGCUCCUGCAGGACAAGGACUGUGCCUUUUGCCUUUGAGUAGCCAGUUUCUGGCACAGAACGACUUCAAUAAAGAUUUAAUUACUUUGUAUGGUG